AUGUCUGAUAACAAAUACGGAUACGUCUGCGUAUUUGUAUAUUUUGCGACGAAAGCUAUACAUUUGGAAGCCACCAGCGACGUUUUGGCCUCAACGUCUCUAGCUGCCUUUUCCAGGUUUGUAUCUAGACGCGGUUAUCCGCGUAACGUUUAUUCGGACAAUGGCACAAAUUUCGUAGGAGCCAGCAAAGCUUUGAGGCAGGAUUUCAAGAGGUUUAUGACUGAAGCACCAAGUCUUACUGUGCAGUCAUAUACCCAUCAAGAAAUCAACUGGCACUUUAUUCCUCCAGGAGCACCUCAUAUGGGAGGAUUAUGGGAAGCAGGAGUGGUGUCAAAAACCAUGCGCUUUACAAUGGAAGAGUUCUCUACCCUACUCGCAAAAAUAGAAGCAUGUCUGAAUUCGCGACCAAUCAGUCCACUUUCAGACAAUCCCGAAUCGACGGAACCUUUAACCCCAGGACACUUUCUAAUUGGAAUUCCACUUUUGGCUAUUGCAGAACCCGAAAUAAACGGAAGCCCACAGUCGAUCAUCAACCGAUAG